CUCUCAGUCAGUAGAGCAGUGCCGCUGGAGAGCUCUCUCGUCGACUGCAGGCUCCAGCUAAAAAAACAAGAAAGAACGACGUGACACUUAACGUUUUAUUUUAAAUUUUAUUUAUUAAUUUCUCGUCGUAUUGUCACCUCGAACAAGAUGUAACUUGUUGACAUCACCUCAAGUAUAUUCAUGUAUUUGAAAAGAGCCGGGAGCGAGUGCGCAGAGAGGAGAAGCCGAGCUGUUUUGGCGAAUGGAACUUAUUGUUGUGCAUUUGUUUUGACUAUGUUAUCCCCCAGUGAGUUUGGCUUCAGUCCGUCUCUGUCCGUCGUCGACCCUUGAAUUUUGGGAUUUAUAUCCGAAUAGUUUAAGGGAAACACCGAAGGAGGAUUCUGCAAAGCCAGCAAGCUUUUCCUACAGAGCCGGGGAUUUAAAUCGUCAUUUGGUGGUGCUCCGAGAGAGGCGAGAGUCAAAGAAAGAAAUUCAUGUGGCCAUUCUCUCUAUAGCCAAACAUUUUUUGGGGAUUGCAUAAUGAGCAAGGAAAGACCUAAGAGGAAUAUCAUUCAAAAGAAAUAUGAUGACAGUGAUGGGAUCCCGUGGUCUGAGGAGCGGGUUAUGCGAAAGGUGCUUUACCUCUCCCUAAAGGAGUUUAGGAGUGCACAGAAACGGCAGCUGGAUGGUGAUGGAACCACAAACUCCAAUGGUUCCCUAGCUAACGGGCAGCUGAAAGGCUGUGGUUCAAAGGGCAGCCACAAAGAAGAUGGGCGCUCUCAGGGCUUGGAUGGGAGCAGCAAGUACGGUGAGGACGGUCCUGCAAAGAAGAGACCUCGGCUCCAGGCCCAAAGGAAGUUUGCCCAGUCGCAGCCCAACUCGCCCAGCACUACGCCUGUCAAAGUUGCAGACCCAGGCAGCCUGAACACGGGCCUGGCCACUGUGCCCUCCUCAUCCCUCUCAUCGCUCUCCGCUUCAUCUCUGUCCUCUUCCAUUCAGGACCUGUCCAGGCGCAAGCCCAAGACGGAGGACUUCCUCACCUUCCUCUGCCUCAGAGGUUCAUCAGCCCUGCCUAGCAACAUGGCCUACUUCGGAAGCUCCCAGGAGGAGGAGGACCUGGAGGAGGAUGAGGAGGAGGAGGAGGAGGAGGUGGUGAAGAACGGCAGUGGGAUCCACUCUCAUGGUGGGGGAAGCAGCAGCCAAGCCUCUGCUUCGUCCUCCUGCCACUCGACACCCCGCAAGGGCAAGCUCCCCGCUAGGCAGCCACUCAAUGGGCAUGUAUUCAACAGCCAUGGUAAAGUAGGGACCAGGGAGAGUCCGAGGCCCAAGACGGGAACCCAUGGCAGGGAUGCGCCCGCCCCGCCACUGCCGCCUCCUCCGCCUCCCCCUCCGCCCCUACUGAGGGAGCGCAGUGAGCGGGCUGAGGCACGAGAGCAUGCGAGGGAGCAGCAGGCUAUGGCCAGCAUUCGAGGCUCAGCCAAUGGGCUGCCGUCGAGGAGAGCUUCUGAGGAGCUACGCAAACAGGUCUCUAAAGUGAAUGGGCUGACGCGGGCGGGCUCGGCACAAGCUAUCAGUAGUGCCAAAAAGAGCCGCGAUUUCCGACUGCCGUCCAAAACUGUGAAGAAGUACACAGCUACCGUGUCCAAGGGCCACGUCACCUACACCAAAGCCAAACAGAAAGAACUGGGCAAGAAAACCAAACUCAGCAGCAGCAACAAACACAACAGCGCCGCCUCGGCACCAUCGUCAGCGAACAAUCACAAUCAGCACAGCCAGCUAGCAGCCAGCAAUGGGCUGGCCAACUCAGGAAAAGCAGCGGCACCAGCCCACCACAGCAAUGCAAAAACCCGCAAACAGGUGCUACUAUCCAAUGGGCUGCACAAUGUGGCUGCCGGCGCCCGCCUCAACGGCAGGUUAAAUGGGCAGCGGCACAACACCCUGGCCAAGGAAAGACCGUUCCAGCAGGGCCAGGGGGAGUGCCCAGGUCGAGAGGGACUGCGUAACUCCAAGCGGCGUCUGGAGGUGGUGCUCAACUCAGUGGGUACAGGAGUUGUGGAGCAGAAAGCCAAAACCACUGGCACUGAGGCCAAGAAGGCCAAGCUUCAACCCACGCCUCUGGAGACACGCAGCAGCAGCAAGAAAGUGGCCAAUCAAGAGAAAGCUGCCACGCAAACCAUCACCCCUACCACUCCAGUUUCUAAUGGACAUGAAUCAGAAACAGCCCCUUCUCCUAGACAAACUCCACCUGUUACCCUACGUCCUACUUCCCCUCCUCAACAAACCCCGCCUCCUACACCAGCAGCCAAUGCAGAGCCGGUGAACCAGCGACCCAAGCGGGCAUCGGCUGGCAAGCUGAUGUUGAUUCGACAAGCACAGCAGCAGCAGAGCAGGUCUCAUGGUCGGAGCUCCUCCUCUUCCUCCCCAUCAUCAGGCCAGAAUCACCCACAGAACCCCAGUCGUGCCAGCACUACCUCAGACCCCCAACAAACCUCUGUGUCCUCCUCCAUGACCUCCUCUCUGCUUACUUCCACCAACAACCCCGGACAGCUCAAACCAGCAGCAUUGCGGACCACUGACCGUGACAAGGAGUGGGAGUAUGAGAAAGAGAUGGCACGCCAGAAGGAACGUGAGCAGGAGAAGGAGUGGGAGCGCCAACGGAGCAGGCCAGAGGGCUGGGCAGCACUAGGUGAAGUCCCUGUCUUUCGGCCAGUGCCAAGGGAGUUCCAGGACCCCCUGGUAUACUUGGAUGCGGUGAGGGAACAGGCUGAGGAGGCUGGCAUGUGCCGCGUGGUCCCGCCCCCAGACUGGCGGCCAGAGUGCAAGCUGAGCGAGGAGAUGCGGUUUGUUACACAGGUGCAGAGGGUCCACAUGCUGGGCCGUCGCUGGGGCCCCAACGUGCAGCGGCUGGCCUGCAUCCGCAAGCACCUCAAAUCUCAGGGCAUUACCAUGGAUGAGCCACCUGUCAUUGGUGGCUGUGAAGUGGACCUGUCACGUUUUUUCCAGCUCAUCAAUGACAUGGGCGGCAUGCAGCAGGUGAUGGACCUGAAGAAGUGGACCAAGCUGGCCGACCUCCUGCGCAUCCCUAAGUCCGCGCAGGACCGGCUGGCCAAGCUGCAGGAGGCGUACCUCCAGUACAUCCUAUCUUAUGACUCGCUCAGCGCCGAGGAGCGCCUCAGACUGCAGGCCGAAGUGCUGCAUGAGAAAAAGAACCUGGAGUCGCGCCGGGGCCCUCUGGAGGGUCUUUCGGACUCCUCAGCACCUAGUGCACUGGUGCUGCCACGCUAUGAGCCCAAGAACGGGCUAGUAGGUGGGAUAGUGGGAGGGGCGACAGGGCAUCACCGCACCAAUGGAGUGUAUCACCGUCUGAAAGAGCUGGAGGCUCAGGUCAAAGCGGGCCGACGCCGGCUCUUCACUCAGGAAAAACAAGGCAAAGAGGACAGGCAGCAUGGAGAAGAGCAGCAGGAGCAGCAGCAGCAGCAGGAGGAGGAGGAGGACAGGGGCGUUCUCAGUGACCAGCACAAAUGUAUUAACAAGGGGAAAUCUGUGUCUUUGACUAACUUCUUCAGGAUAGCCCGGAACACCAUGACCAUGUGCUUUAACAAGGAACCAGGAGCUGCUGAAGUUGAGCAAGAGUACUGGAGGAUUGUGGAGCAGAGAGAUACCCAUGUGACGGUGCAUUGUGGGAAGGUGGACACCAGUACACAUGGCAGUGGUUUCCCCACAGGAAAGUCAGAGCCAUUUUCAAAACAUGGAUGGAACCUCACUGUCCUCCCCAAUAAUUCUGGAUCCAUUCUGAGGCAUCUGGGUGCUGUGCCUGGGGUGACCAUUCCCUGGCUUAACAUUGGCAUGGUCUUUUCUACCUCAUGCUGGUCUCGAGACCAAAAUCGCCUUCCAUAUAUUGAUUACUUACACACUGGUGCUGAUUGCAUUUGGUAUUCUGUCCCUGCUGAGGAGAAGGCUAAGAUGGACAAGGUGGUCCAUACACUGCUUCAGGCCAAUGGCACCCCGGGACUGGAAAUGUUGGAGAAGAACAUCAUGAUCUCUCCAGAGGUGCUGUGCCGUGAAGGCAUCAAGGUUCACCGCACGGUCCAGAGGAGCGGCCAGUUUGUGGUGUGCUUUCCCGGAGCCUUUGUCUCUAAAGUGUGCUGUGGCUACAGCGUGUCAGAGACGGUGCAUUUUGCUACACCCCACUGGAUGAACCUGGGUUACCAAGCUGCAAAGGACCUGAAAUGUCGUCGCAUAGCCAAACCCUUCUCCAUGGAGAAGCUACUGUACCAGAUUGCUACAGCUGAAUCCAAGAGGGAUAAUGGCCUUCUCCUCACCACCAUCUCUGCCCUACUCAAAGACCUCAGGAACAUAGAGAUGCGCCAACGGCAGGAACUUUACAAGGCAGGUUUGCUCUCCUCUGCUCGCUACGGCACCCAUGACAGCAGCCUGGGGCCCGGUGAGGGACGCAAAAAGCCCCGCGGGAAAUGGCUGGCACUGGAGUCCUCGGAGAGACGCUGCCAGAUCUGUCAGCAUCUCUGCUACCUGUCCAUGGUGGUUCAGGAGACUGACAAUGUGGUCUUCUGUCUGGAGUGUGCCCUGCGCUAUGUGGAGAAGCACAAGUCCUGCAGAGGCCUUAAGAUGAUGUAUCGAUAUGAUGAGGAGCAAAUCAACAGUUUGGUGAACCAGGUGUGUGGCCGGGCCAUGUUAAAGAAUGGAGGCGGCGGCGGUGCUGUCGUCAUCAAUGGAGUAGGGGACCCCUGCCACGGGUUAAGCCCAGCCAAAGCAUCACCGGCGAAGCGAGGCCCCAGAAAGCGCGCCACCGUGGAGGUGUCCUUGGCACGCCUGUCCUCCAGCCACAUACCCAAGGCCGCUGCUGUGUCCUGAGGGGGCGCCUCGACAUCGCCACCCGGUGCGCUGUUCCCACAUCCUGCUCUGACCCUCCCAAACUCCUGUGUUUUGUUUGUUUUUGUUUUUUUUCCUCACAUAAAGCAGGAUCACUAUUAAUCCCUCCUCCAACACCUAAUAUUUAAGAUUGAUUGUUUUUGAGCUUUGAAAUUCCCCUCACCUGACCUCAGCCCCCCCCCCCCCCCCCCCCAAAAAAAAUAUUCACCUCCCCCCUUAGUAUGACAGUCUUGUUUAUAAAAAAGAAAAGGAAAAAAAAGAAAAGCAAGAUGUCUUUUUUGCACUAGUGUGAAAGAAGAAUUUGUUUUUGUUCUGGAUGAUUUUAGAAUCCCCCGUCCCUCCUUAAGUCGCCCUUUACAACAUUACAAGCAUUAAGUGUAACGUUCACAAGAAGACUUGAUGGACCCUGUUAUACCCUUUUACCUCCACCACCAUCCUCCCUUAACUGAAAUGGGUUACAUUUGUUACCUUCUCCUUGCAUCACUCUUUCCCGCCCUCAUCUCGGCCCUGAGACUGAACCCCCCCAUCCCUUCUCAUCAUGUGUCACUCAACUGUGUGAACAUGGGACAAAUGAAAAGGCGGCCUUUUUUUUCCUCCCCAGUUUUCUGAAAUGAAAAUGACAUCAAGUAAGUAGUUACCCAAAGUUUCUCUCUGUCCUUGUUUUGAGGAAGAGGAGUCCUUUUUUUAAUUGAUUUUAUUCUUUCUUGAUGCAGCUCCUGCAUUGGUUUUUAAAAGAAAAAGGGGGGAGGGGUUGGUGGCGCGAGGUAAAAACUUGAAAGACAGACUAUGUUGGUUUAUUGUUGGUUGGCUAUGUUUUUUGUUUUUUUUAAAGUUCUGUUUUGAAUUUUAGCUUUGUUUUUUGCUAGGUUUUUUUGCAAGAAGUCUUCUGUGUAUUUUUUUUUUUGGUCAUUGUGGGUGUUUCUGUUCGUUGGUGGAUGUGAGAGGGGGCAGAGCUACAGCUGCUUGACCUGUGAAGGUCACCGCUCACCUGACUUCCUGGUAGUAUGGAGGGAUCCUUCCUUUGCGAGCAAGUGAAAAUGGUGCCUGAUACUUAGCGAGGAGAUCCAUUUUAUUGGUGCUGUUGGUUAUAAUUACUGUAUAACAACACAAAUUAAAAAUCUGGGGGUUAGCGUCUGCUAUCAGCUAACAGCUAGCUCACCCCCACCCCACAGGGCAGAAAGGCUUUCAGGCUUUUCUGGUUCUAGAUGUGCAAUCGUGUUAACAUUCCAUUCUUCCAGUCCUCUUGUUUCAUCUGUACCAGUAAACAUUAAUUAUUAUAUUAUAUUAUUAUAAUUAUUUUGUGUUUUUUACUUUUGUUGAUCUGAUGUGUUAUCUCAAGUAGAGCCACUAGUCAAAGAGUGUAAAAUGUGAAAUAUGAAAUCUGAGUUUUUUUUGUUUUUUUUUUAAAACUGUCUUGUUUUUUUUGGCUUUUGCAUUUUUUUCCCUUUUCCAGAUAUGAGUGAUUUUUAGAGAGAGGAAAAAGUCCAACACAAACAAAACAUCAACUUUUUUUUGUACAUAAUCCUGUAAAUUUCUUUAAAUACUUGAGCCUUUUUCUGGGGUUAAGGAAGAAAGAAAAGAAGGAAGAGAGAAAAAGUUCCAGAGGAGAGUGGUUGAUGAAGAAAAAGCCUUACAUUUCCCUUUCUUCAUCCAUGUGAGUUUGACGCUUACAGGGUUGCUCUGGUAAACGUGUAUAAAAAAUUUUAAGUGCUGCUUAUAUCACUAAGAAAGAAGAUAUUGAGUAGCCAACGACUGCCCCCCCAACCUAGUUUUGUUUGUUUAGCUUUACUUUUUUAAAGAAAAGGGAAAAAAAGAGAUGUUCAUAAAAAAGUGGGUUUUUACAUUUUCAUUACUGAAAAUUCAACAAAAAUGUAGUAGCUACUCAUGUUGCACUGAGCUUGCCAGUGGUGACUGUCAAGGAAAAAUCCUAUAAUCCAGUUUGUUGGUUGUCGUCCCUCGCAGAAGACUGAACUGUUUUAGGACUAUUUAAUGAAAUACCAAGUCGGGUGUUUUCAACAUAAUAAAGUGGUUGUCAAGUUUUUAUGGCCUUACAAUAUAUUUUAUUCAGAUGGGAUUUUUUGUUUGUUUUUCAGUUCUGUCUGUUUGUUUCUUCCAUUUUCUACAGUAUAAACUACUUGCUCACGGUGGGGUCUCUGGUGACUUAAUUUAUUAGUGCCGUAUCUCGGCCUUUCCCUCCACUCGGAAAGAGAGUCUCAUGUUGGUUAUAUUGACAGUUUUUUACUUUUGCAGUUUGUACUUAAGGUUUAAUAAAAACUUACAGACAAUUCACUGUCAUUUCUUUCCAA